GCCCCUGACUCCGUGACCCGCCCACCGCCACCACUGGCUAGCCAGGGACCCCGCAGCGUGGCCCAGGAGCGGAGCAGAGAGCCCUGCAGCAGGACGCAGGUAAUGAGCCAAAAAGAUCAUGUCUGAAGUACAAGGGACGGUUGAGUUUUCUGUGGAGCUACAUAAGUUUUAUAAUGUGGAUCUUUUUCAGAGAGGGUAUUACCAGAUCCACAUGACCUUGAAGGUGCCCUCGAGAAUCCCCCACAGACUGAGCGCCUCCAUUGUUGGGCAGACAGAGAGCUCCAGCCUGCACUCCGCCUGCGUCCAUGAGGGCACGGUGCAGAGCCGGGUCCUGCAGAUCUUGUACAGGAACGAAGAAGUGCCCAUCAAUGAUGUCGUGAUCUUCCGAGCGCACUUGCUGCUGGAUGGUGAAAGGGUGGAAGAUGCACUGAGUGAAGUGGACUUUCAACUCAAGGUGGACCUGCACUUCACGGACAGUGAGCAACAGCUGCGGGAGGUGGCCGGGGUGCCUCUGAUCAGCAGCCGCACGCUGGGGCUCCACUUCCACCCCCGGGCCGGGCUGCACCACCAGGUGCCCCUCAUGUUUGACUACUUCCACCUGUCAGUGAUCUCGGUGACUGUCCAUGCUGCCCUGGUGGCGCUGCAGCAGCCCCUGAUCAGGGAUCGACACGUGGUCAGUGUGGACUACCUGGUAGUCCUCUGCUGUUCCUUCUCCAGCUUCCAUGGCCCCUGUUCUUUUGAGUACAGCUGCAACUGGCCUAGCAAGCUGGACGCCACCCUCAUCUCCAUCGCCCUUGUCAUCUGCCCCCAUUAUUACUUUGGUGCCAAUGCGGGGAGCUUCUACGUGCCCUCGGAGAACUGCAUGCAGCAUGCCUACAAGUGGCACCGGGGCCUGUGUCACCUGCUGCUUCAUGCCACCCGAGGACUGCACACAUACUUCCUGCUCAUCCUGAGGGACAUCCCCGAGCUGCCGCGUACCGAGCUGGAGGCCCUAGCUGUUGAAGAGACGCUCUCUCAGCUGUGCUCAGCGCUGCAGAUGCUGAACAACCCGGAGAAAAUCGCGGAGCAGAUCAGCAAAGACCUGGCCUGGCUCACUUCCCACCUGGUGGCCCUGUGGACCCAGUUCCUGGACACCGUCACUCUGCACCCCCAAGUGACCACCUAUCUCACCCAGGAACAUCACACGCUGAGGGUCCGGCGGUUCUCGGAGGCCUUCUUUUACAUGGAGCAUCACAAGUUCACAGUCUUGACAUUCCAGGAGAGUCUCAUACAGACCCACAGCCAGCUGUCCCUGGAUGUACGAAACUCGGAGUACCUGGCCAGCAUGCCCCCAUUGCCUGCAGAGUGCCCUGACAUCGAUGGCGACUGGAGCACCCUGCCAGUGAUCUUUGAGGACCGUUAUGUAGACUGUCCUACCACAGGGCAUGACUUGGAUACUUAUCCCAGCGCUCCCGUCCCAGCCGAGAGUCCCAUUAGACUGAAUGGACCCCGUACAGCAGAGAACUGCCAGGCAAAUAGAAAAUUGUCUUUCGGGGAAGACCUGAAACCACCCCGAGUGGACGCUGAGCAAGAGGGUGUUCGGGGUUCAGAGCCAGGUGACAGCAAGGCUACGCCGAACGCCACAGACCUGUGUUCCGAAUCUCAAGUGUAUCUGACCAUUGGUGGAUUCCACAACAAAGCGGGUUUGCGUGAAGAAGAGUGUAGGACUGGCCAGAGGUCUGAGGUUAGUCCACACCCACCAGGAGCUCAGGACCUGCCUGUACAGAGUCUACGUGCAGAGGAUGGACAGGCCCCAGCACUGACUUACAUCGAUGUGAACUCAAGCAAUAAGAACACCUGCAGAGCUGAGCCUGGGGUGGCCGAGCCUAUAGGGGUGACACCCUUGGUGGUAGAACCAGUGGUGCUCAUUCGCACUCAGCGAGAGCCCAGGGCCACGGGAGAUGCCCCGGAAUUAGACAGAACACUGCUAAGCAAAGUGGCAGCCAGUGAAAGCCACCACAAUGCCUUCUCCUCUGAGAGGGCCCCUCUCCAUGACUUAAGUCCUCUUGGAAAGGGAGCAGAACAGGAGACUAAGGUGGUGCUGCUAAGUCUGAAACCCACUUCCUCCGAGCCCUGUGACUCACUAGGUUCUAUUCUGAGGGAUCCCUCGACUGUGAGGUCUUCCCCCAGGGACCCUCUCACAGAGGGGCAGGAGGGAGUGCGGGUCCUCUCUGGGGUCAUCAGGAGGUCUUCCUCUAUCAUAUCGGACUCGGGCAUUGAGAGUGAGCCGAGCUCCAUCGCGUGGUCCGAAGCCCGGAGCAAGGCACUGGACUUGCCCAGUGACCGGGAAGUCUUGCACCAGCUGGUCUGCCGACAUGCCCUCCACAGGCACUCCCUGGAGGGUGGGCACACGGAGAGCAACACGAGUCUGCCCAGCGGAAUCCAGGCUUCUCUCACGUCCAUCACCUCCUUGCCUUUUGAGGACGAGGAGCGGGAACUGGCCACAAAGUUGACCAAGUCCGUGUCUGCACCCCAAAUCAGUAGUCCCGAAGAGUCUGCUGAGGACCCGGACCCCACGGCCCAAGGCAGAGCUCUCGCUGAAGUUUUGGAUAUACCCAUCAAGAGCUUCGAUUCUCCCAGAAACUGCUUCCAACGCUCUGGGACCCAAGACCCUGAGGGAGACCACUCCCUCGUGGAAAUCAUUUUAGAUGCUGCUGACCCUCAGGACCCUGGCUAUAUAGACAUCCCCCAAGGUCAAGAGAGUCAGACUGACGCUCAAAGACAGGGUUAUCUGGAGGGUAGAACCGAGGACCCCAUAGGAGUUGGUACCAAAGGUCUUCAUUUACAAAUACCACUCAGCAGAGCGCUUGAGAAACCUCGGGACAGAUCUCCCCCGAGUGCGCCAUUGGAAACUCCAAAGAACAUGGCAGAAGACUUGAAUGUUGGGGAGCGAGCCUUUUCCGAUAGCAGCAUCUCAGAUGUUGAGGAUACUGCCCACCGUAAGGUGCCUAUAUGGAGUUGUGCAUCAGCCACGGGUGCCACUGAACUGGAUCCCACCUGUGAACCAAGUGGCUUACCACCCAUCACUGAUGGCCCAGCCUUUACCAGAGGAGCUAACACCUCCCCAGAAGCUAGGCAUCAAGCAGGCACCGUGUGCCCCACUGUGACUCCCUCUACCCGCUCCCAAGAACCUGAAAACCAAGAGAGGAACACAGAGCCUUGUGUCCAGGGUCCCUCACUAAGUGCUACAGAGCCCUUUCCCCUGGACAGCUUGAAGGCUGGGGAAGUGGUUAGCCUCUCUGUGUCUUGUACUGCCACCUGCCUCCCUUUCUCAUCUGUACUCAAGGAGACCCCCGCCAGGGCCGGAGGAUUCACCUCCAAGCAGACCCCGUUCCCCAUCACUCACCAACCCUUGGGCUCCUUUGGAAUGGUUUCCAUGCACGCCAGCAGGUUGGAGGGAGAAGUCAGUGAAAGAAUGUUCAGUUUCUAUCAGGCCAAAGAAAAAUUUAAAAAAGAGCUGAAGAUUGAAGGAUUUCUGUACAGUGACUUAUCCGUACUAGCUUCUGACGUGCCGUAUUUCCCACCAGAGGAAGAGGAAGACAAUUUGGAAGAUGGGAUUCACCUGGUUGUCUGCGUCCAUGGCCUCGAUGGGAACAGUGCAGAUCUACGGCUGGUAAAGACUUUCAUUGAACUGGGACUCCCUGGAGGAAAACUCGACUUCUUAAUGUCUGAGAAGAAUCAGAUGGACACGUUUGCAGACUUUGACACCAUGACUGACCGGCUGCUGGACGAGAUUAUCCAACAUAUCCAGUUAUACAACCUCUCCAUUUCUCGAAUCAGCUUCAUCGGUCAUUCGCUCGGAAACAUCAUCAUCCGAUCGGUUCUCACUCGGCCCCGGUUUCGGUAUUACCUCAACAAACUUCACACCUUCCUGUCUCUGUCUGGGCCUCACCUGGGGACUCUCUACAACAACAGUGCCCUAGUUAGCACAGGCUUGUGGCUCAUGCAGAAGUUGAAGAAGUCUGGCUCCCUUCUGCAGCUGACCUUCAGGGAUCACGCUGACUUGCGCAAAUGUUUCCUCUACCAACUCAGCCAGAAGACAGGACUGCAGCAUUUCAAAAAUGUCGUGCUGGUUGCUUCUCCCCAAGACCGCUACGUGCCAUUCCAUUCAGCCAGGAUCGAGAUGUGCAGGACGGCCCUCAAGGACAGACACACAGGCCCAGUGUACGCAGAAAUGAUCAACAACCUUCUCCGCCCUCUGGUGGAAGCCAAGGACUGCACUUUAAUUCGACACAACGUGUUCCAUGCUCUGCCCAACACUGCCAACACCCUCAUCGGCCGGGCCGCCCACAUCGCUGUGCUGGACUCAGAGCUCUUCCUAGAGAAGUUCUUCCUGGUGGCUGGACUCAACUACUUUAAGUAGUGGCUUGGAGGGACCAGACGUUAGGGAACUCACCAGAAACGUGUGACGUCUUUUGGGAGCUCUGGCUGCAGAUUACAGAAUGUGGCCAGUUCAGGGCAGACUUCACACACGAAGGCGGUGGGGGCAGGGUGAGGUGUGCUGGGUGGGUGGGCUGCCCCCAUAGAGGUGCUGUUUCCAUUUUGGAUAUUUGGAAAAGCUGAAUAGAGAGCAGACAGGACCACUCACCAGCUCUGCUUUCCCUAGCCCCCCAGCUUCUCAUUCUCGAAGAUGCUUUCCGGGAAAAGCAUGAGAAAAUAAAGAAACAGAACCCUCAGAGUGGGUGAGCUCAACUUUGUAGCCACCACUGUGAUCCUAGGGAGGUGGCGGGCUCCCGUUGAACUAGAUGUGUCCGGUACGUUACUAGUUCAUAGCUUUACUACCAUUUUUUAUUCAAUUAAGUGCGCAUAGCAUUUCAGAACUCAGGUUAACCUCUGUGUGUGCGGAAAUGGAGCAUAUGUAUGUAAAUAUAACUCUUAACAGAUUCAAAUGUGCCCCUUGUUCGAGGCAAUGGGCGGUCCAUACUGUCAUUCCCUUGUCAUGUUUUCUGGAGAAGGGAGAAAGGAGGCCUUUAUCAGUCCCCAUUAUAUUUCAUAAGAGCAGAGGAGUGAGGGGGCCUCAGGGAAGGAGGGAUGAAGGCCAUGAGAAUUGUGGAUCCAGGUUGGUGAUCAACAAACGUACUACGGGAGACAGGUUGAACGAGCUGCUCCAGCUAGUUCCCCAGGCACUGUCUAUGCACAGCCAUGGUCCACCCACUAUUUUUGUGUUCAUUCCAAUCCCUGUCUUGAGCAGAGAAAACUAACUUAUGCUGCAUUUAGCAGAAGGGGCGCUGAGAUUGACGCACACGUGUAUAAAGCUCCUGCUGAUAUAAUUCCAAAGAAAUGCUAUGUCAGCAUUUGAUGCCAUUGCAAAAAAAAAAAAAAAAGAAGUAGAAGAAAGAAAGGAGAGGCAUCGUGGAUGUGAUCGGCGGCUUUUAUCUCUCUCUGGAAGGAGAAAAACAUCUAAACGGAGGACCAACUGCUGGAUUAAAAACUCCGCGGAGCUCGCAGAGGGUGCUGGUUCCUUUUGAAUUGACUCCUCUUCUUGCCUGAGGCAAACAAGGGCUAGGCUUGAAGAGCAUCACACAGGCACAGACCGAGAUGCAGCAGGGAUGGAGAGGAGAGCAGCAAAGAGAACAACAGCCGGGUCCGGGACUCACCCGCAGUCAUCAUUGGUGAAUGACGGAACGGAGUGUUUUGGAAAUUACCAUGAGAUUUAACAUGGUCCCAAAGAUGGAACUAUUUCCCAUGGGGGGAGGAAGUCUAGAGGAUGAUUUAGUUUCAUGAAAGCAUGCAUGGACCAGAGCUGCAGGGAUGAGGAGUGAAGGAGAGCCUUCUUUUGGGAAUGGAACCCCUACCCCUUCCAGAAGUCUCUUCUGAAGUGCUGGAACCCAUGUGGGACCAGAUUCUGGGUCCCAGUCCCUGGGCCAUGCCUUUGGGUCACUCAUGCCAUAGUCAUAAUGCUCAGCACAUCUAGACCCACCCUCACAUCUCAUGUUUGCAAUCCGACUUCGGAACAUGAAGGCAGACCACUCCUACGGCAUGGGGGAUAUGCAAGAAUAUUGUACCCUAAUGGUCUAGUGUACAAAAACAAGUUCAAGUAGGCAACGCUACAGAAGGGUAAACUUGUGGAAAUUUUUAAAAGGAAAAAAAUGUGGAGGGGGGUUACUGGAACAUUCUGAAACUCAACCAUUGAGGGUUUCUCGGUAGGUCCUCUCAGAAGUUACAUGAUGGUAUAAUCUUAACAUGUAUAGUGAUGCUGAGCCCUCUAUAUUUUGUGUUCUGGAGUUAGUGCUGGGCGCAGACUCUGGUUCCUCAGCUCAGAGAGGGAGGGAUUUGUUUCCUGCAGGUGGGGCCCGUGAUGUCUGGACUGACACCUGACACAAGUGCUCGGGCUCAGUACCAGGACCCUGAGUCUGUAGCAUCUUCUCCACUUUUUGGCCCAAACCUGAGUCCUGCCCACGGGAUGAGCCUCAUUCCGUUUUCUGUUUCCGACUCCCGUCAGCACCACACCUCUGUCCCUGCUCAGAUGAAAGACCGUGUCCCCAGUGGUUGUGCAGCCAGAAUGAAUCCAGUGCCCAUAGUCUUUUUCAAUAACAGAUGCCAUUUUUAAUGCCAACAUGCUGUCUGGACAUCGUGAGAACUCAUGGCAAUAAGCGUCCAGCUGCACGGGGCACCUCUUUUUGGUCGGGGUGCCCCACUGUCUUUGUGAAGCCCCUCUGGCCUCCAAGCAUCUAUUACAAUUGUGUAGGAAGUACGUUGGUGUACUGUAAAUAAGCGUGUCCAAUGUGUGUGUCAUGCCUCAUUUGAAAAGGCUUUUAUAUGUCUCUUUCUAUUGAAGUAUAGAUAACUAAUAUAUAUACAUAAAUAUAUAUAUCUAUAUCUAUAAUGUAAAACAAGGACAUUCUAUUACUGAUAACAAAAGUUAUAAACAAAAUGCCUGCCAAGAUAAUGGUCUAAUACGUCCUCAUUUUCAGGAAAUUUUAUCUUUGUUUUUUGUUUGUUUUGUUUAUUUUUGUUAAGGUUCUCCAAAAUUGUUAGAAAUAAAGAUCGCAAACAGUAAGAUCCA